AUGCAACGGAAAACGUGGCAAACUUCUCCCUUGCAGACUUUCCUUGAAACAUUUGAAGAGAUGGAGGAUAAAGAAGAGUUUGCUCUAGAGUGGAUCGGCACACAAGACGUCUAUGAAGCAAUACGUCUCGAAACCAUCAAUCGUGUGUACUCUUACAAGGUGACCCAUCGCACUCUUGGGAAAGAAAAAGCUCCCAUUUGCAUUGAGUUAAACAAGCCGCCGUUGGAUCCAUCUUUCGUCGAAGAAAUGAAAGAGUUUCGAUAUGCUCUUCUCCUGUCUAAAGUCAAGACAGAGUUAGAACGGACUCAUCAGAACGAUCCGGCGUGUAAUGUCAGGGGGCUAAAAGAUGACGAAGGAAAGGAGAUUGAAAAUGAAGACGAAAGGUCCUCUGGAAACGAUAUUAGUGAGGCGAACUCUGACUCGGAUGGAAAUGCUAACGAUGAAGGCCAAGGUAAUGAAGAAGAUGCUGAAAAUGACGAAGAUGAUGAAGACGAUGAUGAGAAAUCAGAUAAUGAGCAGAAUAAUGAUGAUGAUGACGACGAUGAUGAAGGAAAAGAUGAUAACAAUGAUCAUGGUGAUAAUGAUUCAGACAACGAUGAUGAAUAUGAUGGAGAUUCGGGCUAUGAUAGUGAAUCUUCUGUCAUAGGCAACACCGAACAUAUACAUGAACGAUCACCAUCCCCUAGCUCAUCUCCACGAAAAGAAAAUCCCCCUUGUGAUUCAUCUCUCGCCGUGCCACUACCUCACCCAGAUAUAGCUCGUGAUGACAACAAGGAUGCAUCACCUCAUGAUGAAAACCGGGAAGCAUCACCUCAAGCACAGCAAUUUCCAUCUGAACCUAGAGGUGUUCUUCGCAAUCCUAUGAAUCCAUAUCCUGACCAAGAGCCUGGCAUCGAUUAUCUUAGUCCCGAGCACAUCAUGCACCAAAUGCUGAAUGCACUCUUUAAUGCUGAGAUUAUUCAUAAGCAAUAUCUGGAUCACCGAGAAAAAGACAGCCGAAACAUAGUAGACCAUUCUGCCAAAGUGGACCAUCUGAUGCAAACCAUGUCUCAUCGUCAACCUAGUUCCUCCAAAUCAAACACUCAUGACAAGCUAGCACACGAACUCCAUCAACAACGUGCUAUUCUUGACAAAAUUGCUAAGGAACAACAUGCUCUCAAACAUACACAAUUCGGCCUCAAAGACCGAGUUGAUCUUGCAUGUACAAAGAUAGACCUAGGGCAUAACAACAUGUUUCAGAUGGCAGAAUAUCAGCUCACUAUGCUCGAGUAUGUCAAGGAUGUUCUUAAUGCAGUUAAAAGUCUAACCAGGUUUUCUGACUCCCCGUGUGAUGAUGCCAAAAAGGGGGAAAAGCCAAGAAAGGAUGAUGACAAGGACGAAGACAGAAAUAGAUCACCACCACGUGGUGGUGAAUCUAGAAGAAACAAUGAAGAAAAAUCCUCCACGAGACAUGAAGAGAGAAGAAACCCUCCUCCAAGAAACACGAGAUCACCACCUCCAAGAUCUAGAUCUCGACAACAACACUCUUCAAAAUCCAGACAACAACAUUCGGUGAAACCUCGACAAUCCUUCAGAUCCACCUCUGAAUUCUCAUUUUCUGGAAAAACGACAGAGAGAAAAAGAACCUUCGCCAAAGGCUGA